UUCUUUUAUUACAUUUUAAAUUAGAAAAACUAAUUUAAAAAAGUUAUCUCAUCUCCAUCUUCACCCUUCAGCAUUCUUCACUCUUCUUUCGGUUCCGGCGGUUUCGCAGUCAAGGCUUCCCAAAACCCUCCAAAUACCCUCAUUAGCUCAUUAAUUUUACCAACCAUGGCCACUUCACUCAUCGCUGCCCUUUCUUCAAACCUAAAACUUCCUAUUCUCUCUGCAAUUUCAUCUUCCCCUUCAACCUUUCGACUCCAAACCCAAACCGUUCCAUUUUCUAACUCCCCCUUCAAAAUUCAGACCCUCUGGCUCAAUCCCACAAGAAAUUGUAAUGUGUUAUCGCAUAAUCGAAGUGGGUUUUUGAUUUCGAGGAAAUUGGAAUCUUUUACCGUCUUUGCUGCAGAUUCUGAAGCUCAAAGUGAUGAUAGAGAGGAGAGUACUCUGCCUGAACGGUUCAGGUACUUGACCAAAGAAGCUCCUGAUCCUCCUGUGAGGUGGCCUUUCUUCGUGGCUCUACCAUUUCUUCUCUAUGCGUGGAGAGCAGUCUUGUUUGAACUUGGUAACUGGAGAAAGAUUGUUGUUAGCCUCUUUAGCUUUGUGGCAUCAAUAUUGAAAGGUGCCUUGGCCCUCAUCCUCUAUGUUAUUGGAGAUCCUAUCACUUCUAUGAUAAGAGGCAUUGAGACAGCUUUCUACACGAUUCGAUCAUUCUACUCGAGCAUAGUUGCAUAUGCUCCGAUUCCUGAACUGACCACAAUAAUCGUACUAGCCUCAGCCAUGCUUGCAAUAUCAGAAGCCAGUGCCCCUGAUUCCGUCAGCAGUCAACCGUAUCUUCUAACAUUAUCAGGCCUUGCUGGCUACUUAGCUGUGCGAGGUUACAUUUCCGAGCCUUUCUUCUGGACAAUUCUGUUGUGUGUAUACGGUUACUCCAGCUUUGUCAAAAAGAGAAAUGACGUAACUUCUGCGUUACCUGCUGCUGUUGUGUUUGCUGCCAUUGGAGAACCAUGGGUAAGAAUCUUGGCUAUGGGUUCAUUUCUGGCUUUGGCCAUUACUCACCAUUGGAAGAAGCUUUCACAAGGAAAGAAGGAGGAUGAAGAUGAAAAGGGUGUGUAUCGGUGGGAUGUUCCCUUGCCUCUUUUGGGUGUAGCUUUAGCUAUUGGAAUUCAUGCUGCUGCCAAAUGGGCUGGAUAUAGGCACUUAACAUGGAUGAUUGUAUGAAUACAAACACUUCAAUUUUGAUUUUAGCUUUCACAAGGAUAUUGAUUUCAAAGAAGAGAAACUCUCUAAUUUAUCAUUCAAUGUAUAUUUUAAAAUUUUCUGUC